AUGGAGACCGCGACGCGGCGGCGCGGGAGCGAGUGCGCAUGCGCGCGUGCGGCCCGGGCCUCGGCUCCGCGCAGCUGUUGGGAUCCAGGCGGGGACCCGCCGGGCGCGCGGACGCGGGCGCGAUCACUAGCCCUCUCCGGCCGAGCUGGCGCCUGGCGGGCGGCUGCACCCCGGCGGCCUGUCCCUGGCCCGCCCGGGCGGUCGGAGGCGGGGCUGCCGGAUCCCUGCCCGGCGGCCGAGAGCCAGGCCCGCGGAGGGGUGGCCGAGCGCGCUUGUCGCUGGUUCCAGGACACGUGUGAGCACCGGGGCCGGCGUGGGGAGGAGGGCACUCCUCCCUACACGUGGGAUUCGAGCCGCCAGGUGUCCGCGGCCAUGGCCAUGAAUCUUCUGGAGGACUGGUGCCGGGGGAUGGAGGUGGACAUCCACAGGUCCCUGUUGGUCACGGGCAUCCCGGAGGACUGUGGGCAAGCGGAGAUCGAGGAGACGUUGAAUGGGGUCCUCUCCCCGCUGGGCCAGUACCUCGUGCUCAACAAGAUUUUUCUGAGGGAAGAGAAUGCCAAAGCUGUCCUCAUUGAGGUCAGCGAGGGUGUGAAUCUGAGGGCCAUCCCCCGGGAAUUUCCAGGAAGGGGGGGCGUCUGGAGGGUGGUCUGUAGAGAUCCCACCCAGGAUGCUGAGUUUUUAAAAAAUCUCAAUGAAUUCCUGGAUACCGAGGGGCGCACGUGGGAGGAUGUGGUCCACCUGCUCCAACUCAACCACCCCCCAGCGCCCCAGAAUCGGGAUCAGCCCCCAGAGAGCUGGGCGGAAGCUUUGGGGGUGCUCCUGGGGGCCACGGUGCAAGUGGUCUUCUACAUGGAUGCUGAGAUGCGCCGCCGCGAGGAAGCUAGGGCCCAGGAGGCGGCUGAGGCCGGGGUGGUAGCCGUCUUGGCUUCAGCAGCAGGGAGGAAGAUCAAGAAGGAGCCGGGGCAGGCUGCCGAGGUGAGCUCUGCCUUGAAGAUGGAGAACCCGGACAGCUGGCAUGACAUGGGAGACGAAGGCGACCCUCCCAAACCUUUCUUUCACAAGGCUGGUGCUAAGACUGGCUCCAGGAGAAAGAAGCAGAAAAACCACCCCCAGCAGGAACCAGGGCCCUGGAAGAAAGCCAAAGGCAAUUGUUCCAACAGCUCAGCCUCCUUGGAGGGUCCUGAGGCUGGUGAUGCUGAGAAUAUGGAGAUCUCAGAAUACAUCAGGAGCAAGAAAAAGCCCUGUGUGAAGCAGGAGGAGUCAGCUUGGAAGAAGCCCGUGGGGAAAUGUGUCUGGAAGGCUCCCAGCAACCCACCUCCCGGUGCACGGUCCGCAGCUGCGAGCCCUGGAGUUGCCUCCGAGUCAGAGCAAGCUGGUGGUCGGGAGGGCCCCCCAAAGAAGAAGGCGGUGGGCUGGGCCUCGGCAAAGCGCCCUGCCCCCACGAAGAAGAACAAAAAGGUGAGCUUGGGCCAUGUCUCUUAUGUCCUUGUUGAUUCGGAAGAUGCCAAGAAGAAGCCGGUGAUGCCAAGGAGAGGACCAGGCCUGAGACGGGAUGCAGCAGCUCAGAAGGCCCCACGAGGCCCACAGCCCGAUGAGUCACCAGCCUCGACGUCACAGGGUCCAGAGGCCAAGCCAGAAGGCCCUCCUCACACCUCCAAUGGCAAGAAUGACAAGGGAAGUCAUUUGGGUUGUGUCAACGAGUGGUUGAGGGGGGAGGGAUCCCAGGGGGUGGAGGGGCCAGUGGUCCAUGAGGAGGGCCCCAGUGCAGUGGAGGAAGCAGGUGACACACCAGUUGAGGUUUUAGAGGGCGAGAGCCCUGACCUCUCUCCUGGGAGUCCCUGAAGGCCAACACUAGGGACACCCAUGGGGGCAGUUGGUGGCAAAGCGAACCCACCAACCUAAGUUAUGGUGAUGCGUGUUGCUCUGGUAUUCUCAGUCAUUCUGCCUCUCCAUCUGAUCUAUCUCCCUGGAUAAAAAUUGAGUGCUUUGGGGCUAUAUUCUUCAUCACGGUAGGUGGCCCCGAGGGUGGCGUUUUCCAGAGUUCUGGUCGGGGGCGAUAGAAAUGUUCAAAGACUCAUAAAGUCCAAGGAAGGAAAAGAAAUGUGCCAAGUGACGCCUUUCCUUGCUUCCCCUCUUGAGCUGUUCUGAUUUAUCCACAGCACCCAGAAGGCUUUGACUAGGCGGGGGACCACCUAUACCUGAGGAGUUGAAAGGAGACCGAGGAUGAAGUUCCCAGGUGGGAACAAAGCCUUCUCUUGUCAUUGAAUGAACCAAGACUUGGGGCUCUUUUAGGAACCCAGGUUGAAGACAUCCGGCUCUCAGAGGUACAUGACCCAUGAGAUCUUCUGCCGGGCCUGCUUUUUCGCUUCCUCCUAGAUCCACCUGCAGAGGUUGGAGAGUCUCCAAGCAGAUCGAGAAAGUUCUAGAACAUUCAUCUUCAUACAUGGGCGGGGUCACUCUUAGGCUUAUCCAGGUUCAGCCUUUCUCCUCCAUUCCCUGCUUCCUCUUCCCGAUGCUCAGCCGACCUCUGCAGGGCUUGUUGAAGAGCAGGGUGGCCGUGUUCUCCCUUCCACCUUCUCUGCGUUUUGACCGCAGAGAAGUUAAACCGAGACCGUCAACGCGGAUGUGGCUUCCUUGCUCCUCCUGGUCUUCAGCUCCUCCCGUUAUCUAACCCGAGCGUGGUAAGGUCCCAGGAGUUAGUUUUGGGGAAAAAGAAUAUCCGCUUAGGCCUUGAGGUAUUUGAGUUUUAGGUUCUGUUAAUAAUCAUGGUCCUUGGGUUCUCAUUUGGGGUAACACCGUCGUCUCAAGAAGCCUGGAGGGCUGAGGAGUGAUGGGUGGGGCAGGACCUGGGCCUUCCCGGCUUCCCGGCUCUAACUCCAUCCAGUGCCACCGAAAUCUCAACAUCUUUGAGGCUGAAGACACUUCUCACCUUUUAGUAAGAGAGGGAAAAAUUUUUUUAAAAAAUUGGCUGUGAAUUUCUGUCCUCUGAAUAGACCCGAGUGAAACACGUGUCCCGUGUGCGUGGGUGCAGGGGGAUGGGCAGGGCUCCCAAGACCCGUGGUUUCCAGACCAUCCUGGGGAGGCCCAGGUGCGCUCAGAGAUAUAAUCUGAAUCUAUUUUUUCAUGUAUUUAAAAAUAAAAAACUGAAAAAUGACUACUCGAGUAUGUUGUAAGCCAAACCAGUGACAUAGGAGACUGUCAAAAUGAGACCUUGUGUUCCUGAGUUAACUCGUUUUUGCACAGGUCUCAAAUUAAUUGUUUCUGCCGUCUGUUUGCGUAUCAUGAAUUUCUUGUCGUGACGGAUGGGAAAGGUUACACGUGGGGGAGCUUCCGUCCCGCGCAUGCUCCGUAAGGGGACACUCUGAAAGCAGUUUCCUGUGUAAUUCACGUCACGUGCUCUUGUGAUUUUUGGUUGUGUGAUAGCAAAUAAAUGUAUUAACGUGGCCCACACUAAUAAUAUCCUAUCCUAGAAAGUUGUAGCCCUCUGCGUUUCACAGUCUCUCUUCUGACUUCAGUUUUCGUGAUAAAGGAUGUAAACAGUUGUUAGAUGUCAUUAGUGACUCAACUUUGAAAACACGUUUCUUGUGACAAUUGAUGUCAAGAGCCUGGAUGAGUGCCACGGGCGAUGCGGAGAGAAAAAGAGAAUGGUCUGCAUUUGCAGCUGUUCAUCUGUGUGUCAAGGUUUUCCUUGGGUUUGUGCAAAGCAAAACCCAGGAGUGAAUCAGACUCUCAAGGUGAUGAAAGCCUGCGACUCUCCAGCAACUCAUUUCAAAAUCAGGUCCGGAAGGGCUUCAUUGUGUUAACAAAGUAACACCAUGAUUUGUAACUGUAUAUGUUAUAAAAUAAAGUUUAGCAAAGUA